UUAAUUUGCAAGAUUAGUACGAAGUACAAGCCAAAGACACGUUACAAAUAAGGUUUCAGCUAGGAUAUGUUGAGUAAAGAGGUUUCAAGCUUGUCCUUGGCCCCAUUCUCUUCCUCGGCAUCGAAAGAUUUUGGGGAUGAAUCCACAAUCUUCUUCUGUCGCUCAUUUUCUCUAGGAGGCCAUAAUCGUCUAAGUGGAAGUUGGGGAAGUGACGAACCAACCGACGGCUGGAAUGUUCAUAGAACAACUUCAAUAUAUUGAGAUCUUCCUCAAUGCAUACAUCAAAGUAAUCGAGUUAGCCACACAAUGUUUCAAUCUCUCGCAAUAGCUACCACCAUACCCCUUCCCCGUCAGGCGAUGUUCCAUUUCAAGCCAUAUCGCACAUGGAGCCCUCCUUGCGUUUCUAUUUCAGCUAGUUUGGGCAUUUCUAAUGAAAGAGGCAGAUCAAUCGAUGUGCAUUUUUCAGGAAUUCAAUUGACCAAAGAAAAGAUCAGGAAAUUGUUCAACAAUGUUGAACUCUCUGUUUCUCCAUAUGACAUUGCAUGGGUAGCUAUGAUCCCUUCUCCACAUUCCCCAGAAAUCCCUCGUUUUCCUGAAUGUUUGGAUUGGGUGGUAAGUAAUCAGUAUCAAGAUGGAUCAUGGGGUCUCCGUAAUGUUCAUCCCAUGUUUCUCAAAGAUGUUCUCUUAUCAACUCUGGCAUGUGUGCUUGCACUGAAAAGAUGGGGUAUUGGUGAAGAACAUAUCAAUAAAGGUUUGCUUUUCAUUGAGUCAAAUUUCACAUCUGCUGCUGAUAGAAGUCAAAUUACACCCACUGGGUUUGAUAUCAUAUUCUCCGGGAUGCUUGAUUGUCUUAAUGCAUUGUCUUUGAAGCUCCACUUAGACCCUAAAAUCUUGAACGAACUACUACAUAAGCGGGAUGUGGAGCUUCAUAGAUGCAUGGGAAGUAGCUCAAAGGAUCUUGAGGCUUACCUUGCAUACGUAUCAGAAGGGUUAGGACUGGUGCAAGACUGGGAAAUGGUUAUGAAGUACCAAAUGAAAAAUGGCUCCUUGUUCAAUUCACCUUCCACAACUUCCGCUGCACUUAUUCAUGACCACGAUUCCGAUUGCCUUAGAUACCUGCAUUCUGUUCUGGAAAGAUGUGGGAACAAAGUUCCAACAAUCUACCGGCUUGAUGUAUAUUCACGGCUUUUUGUUGUUGAUAACAUCGAGAAAUUGGGCAUUAGUCGCCAUUUCAAUGAGGAAAUAAGAAAUGUAUUAGAUGAAACAUACAGGUGCUGGAUGCAGGGGGAUGAAGAGAUCUUUAUGGAUGCCUCCACAUGUGGGUUGGCAUUCAGAAUGCUGCGAAUGAAUGGCUAUAACAUCUCUGCAGGUCCUGUCACUCGAUUUCUGGAGGGAACCAUCUGCAAUAUCACUGCUGGUCAUCCAAAGGAUAUAUAUACUAUGCUGGAUCUCUAUCAAGCACUGGAAAUAAUAUGUAAUUUAGAGGACUAUGUUUAUGAGAAACAUAACAGGUGGUUUGAGAUUUUGAGACAGGAACUUUCUAGUGAUUCACUCUAUUCAGAUAUCCAUACUAGAGAGAUCCAUAAACAGGUGAAGGAUGUGCUUAGUGUUCCCUUCUAUGCAAAUUUAGAACGAGUUGCAAACCGAAGAUACAUCGAGCAUUACAAUGUAGAGAAUGCAAGAAUUUCCAAAACUUCAUAUAGUUCAAACUUUUGCAAUAAAGAUGUCCUAAGUCUUGCUGUUCAGGAUUUCAACCUUUGCCAAUCUAUACACCGUGAAGAACUGAAACAACUUGAAAGGUGGGUAGCAAAAAAUGGUUUGGAUAAGUUGAAGUUUGCAAGAAAAAAGUCUGCCUAUUGUUACUUUUCAGCUGCAGCAACACUUUUUCCACCAGAACAAUCCGAUGUCCGUAUUGCAUGGGCCCAAAAUGGUGUUUUGACUACUGUGGUGGACGACUUCUUUGAUAUUGGAGGUUCUAUGGAAGAAUUAAGAAACCUCAUUCAGUUGAUUGAAAAGUGGAAUAUUAGUGUUAGCACUGAAUGCUGUUCAGAGGAAGUUCAGAUCAUUUUUUCUGCACUCCACAGCACAAUUUCUGAGAUUGGAGGCAAGGCACUUAGAUGGCAAGAACGUGAUGUGACGAGCCACAUAAUUGAGAUUUGGUUGAAUUUGCUGAACUCAAUGUUAAGAGAAGCUGAAUGGACAAGAAACAUGUCAGUGCCAGCAUUGGAUGACUACAUGGAGAAUAGUUACAUAUCGUUUGCAUUGGGACCAAUUGUCCUACCAGCCCUCUACUUAGUUGGGCCAAAGAUCUCGGAGGAGAUCAUCCAGCACCCUGAAUACCACCAUCUAUUCAAGUUAAUGAGUACUUGUGGCCGUCUUCUAAAUGAUUUGAGGGGUUUUGAGAGGGAAUCAAAGGAAGGGAAGCUAAAUUAUCUGUCAUUGCGAGUUAUUCAAGGAUGCGGUGGUGUGACUGAAGAAGCGGCAAAGAGAGAAAUUACCGAUUUGAUCCAUUCUAAAAGAAGAGAAUUGCUGAGAUUAGUGUUGCAGGAUGGUGUGAUUCCAAUGGAUUGCAAAGAUCUGUUUUGGAAAAUGAGCAAAGUGUUGCAUCAAGUCUAUGCCAAGGAUGAUGGUUUCACU